GUGCGAGGGGCCGCGGGUGAUCGCCCGGCGGGGCUCCCCGGGGCGGGCUGUGGGCUGCUGCUGCCCCCGGCCCGGCCCCUCGGAGGCGGGUGCGGGCACGGCGCACCUGCCGAGCGGCUCGGCUCGGCUCGGCUCGGCUCGGCUCGGCUCGGCCAUGCCCGCAGCCACCGCGGCUGGGCUGGACUCGGCGCGGACCUCCGCUCUAGGGCGGGACAGCGUCGGCCCCCGCGGAAGCACAGGGCAGUGCAGCCGCCUCCUCCCGCCCCAGCUGGGCUCUCUCCAGGUCCUUCAUGGCAACGGCACCGAUGUGGGAACGGUGGUCACAUUCCAGUGCUCCGCCGAGCACCAGCUGGAGGGACCAGGCAUCAUCACCUGCGUUUGGAAAGGGAACGGCACGCAGUGGACAGCCGGAGUGCCCUCCUGCAAGCCCAUAUCAAAAUACGAGACUUUUGGCUUUAAGGUCGCAGUGAUUGCCUCCAUUGUGAGCUGUGCUGUCAUUCUGCUGAUGUCCAUGGCUUUCUUAACUUGCUGUCUGAUCAAGUGUGUGAAGAAAAAUGAGAGGAGGGGAACUCAAAGAGAAAUGCAGCUGUGGUACCAGCUAAGGACUGAAGAACUAGAGCACAUGCAAGCUACUUACUUUGGUUUUAAGGGAAGAAACAAUAGCAACAACAAUAAGAAACUCAGGAAUACAUCUGUACUUUGUGACAUGACUACCAUGGCAUAUGAUAACCAAGGCUUCUACAGGUCCCUGGAAGAGUGGACUUGGGAUGUCGUAGUUCCUGGGUGCUGCAAAGACAACAGUCACCUGCUGAAGGUAGCCAAGAGCAGUGGUGCACUUGGAACACACAGGGUACCAAGACAUAACACUGCACUGCAGACGGUGAACUCCAUACACAUUGUUGAAGUCUACAGUCAUAAGGAUAGUUACAACAAACCAACCUGCCAGAUACCUGGAUAGCUGGUGUCUGAAAUGCAGCUGCUUCUCUGGACCAAAAUGAAAUUUUGGUAGAAAUAUGUGCCUUAAAGACAACAUAGAAAAUACAUUAUUCAUAUGAAUUGUAAGUUUUCUAUAUUCCGAGAUGAUUAUUUAACAUAAAUGCUUCAAGGUCUGGUACAAAUAAAGGUAUGAACGUUGGGGCUGUUAA